CGUCGCGCGCCGCAGAGGUCGCGACAGGAGCUCGGGCGGGGCCGAAGCCGCGGGCGGUGGCGGCACCAGAAUGGCGCUGCUGUACCGGUUCGUAAAGGUACACGACCGGGGCAACACACGCGUCUUCUCCUUCGUCGUGACCAAGACGGUGACGCGAGACCUGCAUCGUGAUGUCACCACCAAGGAGUUUCCCUACGGAUUCCACCGAUGGGCCGUCACCUUCAGCCGCAACGAGAAGCUUCUCGGCGUGUAUUUGGUGUGGAAGAACCCAUCUGAGCACGUGCGCCUGUACAUCGAUUUCGCCUUCUCCCUGCUUAACCGCGACCACUUUAGCGGUAACGAGAGCUUCAGCGGAAAGCAGAUCAAGUUUUCCAAGGAGUCCCCAGCGCAGGGUAACCGCAAGUUUAUCAACGUCGGAAGCCUAUACGAGCGCAAGUUCACAGACGCCAACGGCGAGUUUCAGCUGGAGCUGACCAUGACAAAUGUGCGGACCGUUUUCGAGGCCGACCUGGGGGUGCCGCGGUCGCUCAAGGAGGAGGCGCGUCUCGAGACGAGCUUCUUCACGUUCGGCAAUUUUGAGUGGAGUGUGACGGUGCAGCGGGCGGCGGAGGACCCGCAGCGCGUGAGCGCCGCGCUCCGCCGGCUCACCGGGUUCGAGCACAAGUGUCGCGUGCGGUACAACCUCACGCUGGGCGACGGCGAGGCGGCGGCCAUCUCGGGCAUCCUGGAGGAGGUGAGCGACCGAGACGGCCGCGGCCCAGGCUCAAGGUCGUCUGCGAGAUUGCUGAUGGCCAACACGGUCGGCGAGCUGGUGGUGGGUACGCUGGCCGCGCCCGCGUCAGGCCCCUGCCACGACCGCGACCGCCAGGCCUGGACCGUCGAGGCCGACACCAACGGCGACUUCCUGCGCCUCAAGGUCGUCUACAAGGACAUCCACAACAUUCCCCGGAACCAUAUCAAGUAA